UCAUGCUUUUGUGUCUGAACAAACAAAGCAAGGGCUGCUUUGAUCUUUUUUACUUAUCUACUCUCCUUUGAAGACUGUCAAGUAUAUUUUUUGAAUUGCUUUUGCUGCCUCUUUUAUAUUUAAGGUUCUGCACUUAAAGGGAUUUCAACAAAUAUGGGAAGAAACUCACUGUUAUAGAUGAAAAUCGUCGCAACACAUACAAGCAACCCCAACAAUUUACCUCUGUAUGCGAGCCACCAGUACUGACCACCUUUGAUGGAGACAAGAAACAACUGGUGCCACAAUCCAAGAUUACAGUCUGUGCCAACUUUGUCCUGUGAUCUUCAAAAGGUUUUCCAGUUGAGGUGCGAAACCGAAAACCAAGAGCUGAUGCAUGUUGUUUCAGAAGAAAUCCUUGCAGACAAAGAAAAUGAGUUUUCUCGGCCAAUGAAAAAUGCACCUGAUUAUGAUGAAGAUCAACUCUUACACUCUUGUCCCAUAAUGAAACAAGCAACUUCAGAUAAUCAACAGUCCCAUGAAAUUGUACCUGAAGUUGGAGCAUCCAGAAAGAAGAAGAGAGCUGCAGCAGAGCAUGUAGCUAAUAUUUCUUUAACUGAUCUUGUUAAGUACUUCAAUCUUCCAAUCGUAGAAGCUUCGAGAAAUUUAAAUGUCGGAUUGACUGUACUGAAGAGGAAAUGUAGAGAAUUUGGUAUACCUCGUUGGCCACAUCGGAAGAUCAAGUCUCUUGACACUCUUAUACACAAUCUCCAGGAAGAGGUUAAUAGACAGGAGAAAGAGGACAAAGCAGCUGCAGCCAGAGCAGCCACUAAGAGGAAGAGAAUGCUAGAAACCGAAAAGAAGGGUAUUGAGAGGAGCCCAUUCAUGGAGUUGCAGGGAGAAACUAAGAGGUUCAGGCAAGAUGUUUUUAAAAGAAGACAUAAGGAAAAAGUUCUGAGCAAGAAAUGCCAACAACCUUCUCCUGAGGUUCCCAACUGCUUCCAUAAUUGA